AUUGUUGACCACGUCAACUCGAGCCCUGCUUUAGUGCUGACAGCUUAGGAAAAGAGGCAAAGAAAAGACUGACUUCAGAGUAUUUGAGUGCUUGAUUGACCGGACAAUUCCCGACUUGAUCAUCGUGCUUAAUCAUUGGAUUUCACCAUGGACGGCAUGCUCUUGGCUCCUUCUUUGUACGCCAUCAAAGGCAUCGCCAUUCUGGACAAUGACGGUCGACGGAUCUUGGCCAACUAUUACGAUGCGGACGUGUUUCCCGGGAUCAAGGAGCAGAAGGCUUUCGAGAAGAGUCUUUUUGCCAAGACGGCCAAGGCCAACGGCGAGAUCAUCAUGUUGGACGGUCUGACCUGCCUCUAUCGAUCCAAUGUCGACCUCUUCUUCUAUGUCAUGGGAUCUGUCCACGAAAACGAGUUGCUUUUGAUGUCCGUACUGAAUUGCGUGUACGACACCGUGAGUCAGAUCUUGCGUAAGAAUGUGGAGAAGCGUUCGUUAUUUGACCACCUGGAUAUCAUCAUGUUGGCUUUGGACGAGAUCUGUGAUGGGGGCAUCAUCCUGGAGUCCGAUCCCAAUGCCGUGGUGUCUCGUGUGGCUCUCCGGACCGACGAUAUUCCCUUGGGCGAGCAAACGGUGGCUCAGGUUCAAGCCAAGAUUGGGGCCAAGAUGGCGGCCACUUCAGCUGUAUUCCAAUCUGCCAAGGAGCAACUCAAGUGGUCGCUCUUGAAAUGAAUUACCAGGUUGCAUUCAUAUUUAUACACGGAUAUAUACUUCGUGAUGUUCAUUUUUCGUUUUUGAAUUAAAGUUUUUACCUAUUGGAGCAA